UCAGAGCGUAGACUAACAAGAAUACAACCUGGGUGGUAUAGCCGCGAGUUAAAUAAGCAUGAUGGGUUGCAGGGCAACUCCAAUACAACGUAUGUACAAGCAGUCUCGUAAACCGCUGCCUAGAUGUAAGCACGACACCGCAUCAAAUAUGCCAACGAACUCGAAUGUUGCUCUCCAUUUCAUUGGUGUUGGGGGCUCAGGCAUGUCAGCUCUAGCCCUUGUCGCCCUCUCCCAGGGUUACCUUGUCUCUGGAUCAGAUUUGUUGAGGUCAGCGCAACUUGUGCAAGUCGAAGCAAAGGUUAUAAUAUAUGUACGAAACUGCGUUGGUUUUCGAUCUCAACGAAAUUUGCAGGGGGCUAUAUGCUUUGCUGGUCACUCCUCGACGAAUGUUGGGUCGAAAAAAAGUUCUUCAUCAGAGCCGUUGUAUGUUCCAGAAGAUGUUCAUCUUACAGUGUCAGUUCCUGACGCCAUCGUUGCUUCAAGUGCAGUGCCUCGAACGAACAUUGAAUACAGCUUUGCCCGUGAAGCAGGGAUCCCCGUUUACAAUCGUGCGCAGUGGCUCACCCGCACCAGCAAGAGGAAGAAUGUUGUUGCUGUUGCUGGUACUCAUGGUAAAACGACAACAGCUUCCAUGGUUGCCAUGGUUUUAUUGGAGAAUGAUCUGGAUAUAACUGCGUUAGUUGGUGGCAACGUUCGACAGUUUCCAGGUGGAGAAAACGCGAUCGGGGGAAGUGGCAAUUUAUUUUUGAUAGAGGCAGACGAGUACGACGGUGCAUUCCUUGGUCUCAGUCCACAGAUUGCAGUUAUCACUAAUGUCGAAUUUGACCACCCUGAUUUGUUUAAAUGCCUCCGAGAUGUUCGGGUCGCUUUUAAAAAAUUUACUCGUCGUAUUGAGACAGGGGGCAGUAUUGUGAUCUGUGGGGAUGACGCCAAUAGUAGUACUUUUAUGUCAAAAGCGUGUUCUUCAAAGUUGGAAGUUGUAACAUAUGGCUUUGCUCGGAAUAAUCUUUGGCGUGCAAUGAACGUUAAAAGCAACACUGGAGGAGGAACUACCUUCACAGUUUCCCGUGCUGAUGUAAAGAAGCAGGACGUGUCAAUUUCUCUUCCAGGCCGUCAUAAUGUUUUGAAUGCUCUAGCAGCUAUUGCGACGGCAUCUUGCAUUAGGGAUGCUUGCGACGCAUCUUGUGCAGCACCCUCACCCUCACAACGAGGCUGUCAUCGAAUGAAAAACUUGCUGUGUUUCGACCCAGUUAUGUUUACAGCACUUAAUAACUACAGGGGUAUUGCACGGCGAAUGCAAUUUGUUGGAUUUUUUGGAUCGUGCGCCUUGUACGAUGACUAUGCGCAUCACCCUACCGCGAUAAAGGCUGCGAUAGGAGCUAUGCGCGAGCAAUACCCAGAGGCGCGUGUGACUGUCCUGUUCGAGCCGCAUACUUUUUCUAGAACUUUCGUGAUGUUGAGGAGUUUUGUUGCCGCGCUUUCUGAAGUUGACCGUGUAAUGGUGACCUCUGUGUAUGACGCUCGUACGGAACUGAGUGCACUGUCUUCGAAUGCAAUCAGUGGACAGGACAUAUCUCGGUGCAUUGGCAGCAACUCUCUUUAUUUUGACUCGUUUCAAGAUGUUGUGAGGCAGCUGCUGAUUGAAUCCAGCAUCCUGGACUCCGGCAAAUAUUGUGAAGGUGACAUUGGCAAUGAGAUUUAUGAAGAAGAGGCUGAAAAUUUGCCUGAUGUGCUGACUGACAAUGUGCACUCGGUCACUUUAAUCCUUGGAGCAGGAAGUUCUGUUGAAAUUUCUGCAGUGCUUCUUCGUGCCCUUCGCUUUGCUGAGCUAGGCACAAAAACUUAAAAACUGCUAGUGCUGGCCCUUCUGCUGGUUAGAAUCCUGGAAGUCACUCACAUUUUUCACUUUUCAUGCGCUGUCGAGCCAUUUUUGUUUCUUACGUCACCCUAUAUUUGCUUGCUCCCGAGAGUACAUUUAUUGGGAUUCUUUCUCCCGCAGAUUUAUCGACAUCUUGUUGAAACAGCCAACAGCCGCUGUGUCUUGCGACUACAAAUAAAUUCUUAGAGCUCAAGCGACACAACUACCGCAGACGACGAGCUUCGCGCUCAGAUUCCAUUAAAGUGAGAAUAUCACCUGAGAGCAUAAGAAGUUAGUUUUCCCGGGAACGGCAAAACGCCAGUCAGAGAAAUGCCAGAACAUAUGAAGUUUAUGUCACUCACCUUCCCUGACUGGACCUUUCACGUUUCGCAUUAUUUGGCGAUUUUGAUCAUCCAAGAACUUCACGCGGACCUGGGUUACCUGUUAUUGAAAGAAAAAAAAACAUCAACGCGGGUUGCAAAUGGUCGACGAAUGAAUGAAUGCAUGCGAGGGAUCGAAAAGUGGAGCGUUGUGUCCAUUACUUACCUGGCCACGAGAGCCUGUCCGUCCAAUUACCUUCAUCACGAUGGCCCUGCAGAGGUCUCAAAAUAUUUUAGAAGAGUUUUUCAUAAAACCCUAAAACCGGAAUUAAGUU